UUAAACGUCCCGCGAUCAAGGAUUCCACUGAGACUACCGUGCCGCUCCUUGCCAUCGAAGUCUCGUCUCGCUGCCGUUGGUUCGCUCCCGGGCCUCCUCUUCGUCCGUCUUCUGUGGCCAGUCCGUCGUUCGUAGUCCGUGGCCAGUCGGAAGAGGAGUAGCUGCUAAAUCCUGGUCACGGCUUCGAAGUAGCGAAACUACAGCGAAUCGACGUCGCAGACCAGAAGACUAGUCGGGAGCCAGGGCUAGGAAGAUCCAGCCAUCCAAGAGGUGACGUACACCUUCCACAAGCGCUUCGACCAAAGUGGACGGAAGCAUCAACCGUCCAGCACUCGGGUGUGGCACACCGCUGGUGCGGGACGUGGCGUGGAGGCCUUGGCCAGCAGUAGGCGCCCGUCUGGGCCCCGCCUCCGCCGCCCAGCCAGCUGGCAUUCACAAAUUCAAUCAACUUCUCGUAGGUUCUCGGGAGUUCCGAGACCAGCGAGAAAGCCUCUCAUCGACCAAGACAGGCAGGCACCAUGCAGUCGGGCGCCGUGCGCCCGAAGACGAGGAGCCAAGGACCCCAAGUCCGAUCGGAGAGGAGCACGGCAGCCUCCGCAGCUGCGACGCCGCAGGAAAACGAGAGCCCCUUCGAGCCCCGCACACCUGAGCGUCCGCGGCCGACAAGCAGCAGACGCGGCGCCUCGAUAGUCUCUUUCCAGGAUUGCCAGGGCGGACGGCGAUCGGAGAGGAGCACGGCAGCCUCCGCAGCUGCGACGCCGCAGCAGGAGGAGAGCGGCCGCCAGCACCACAAGCCUAGAAAUCCGCGACGCAGAAGUACAGGACGAGCAGCGUCGAUCAUCGCUGUCGAAGACUUCCAGGGCGGACGGCGAUGGGAGGACAAUGCGGCAGCCUCCGCAGCUGCGACGCAGCAACAGGACGAGAGCAGCUUGGAGCCUCCCACGCCUGAGCGUCCGCGGCCGACAAGGACCCGACGCGGCCCUUCGAUGGUGGCUUUCGAGGUUUGCCAGGGUGGACGGCGAUGGGAGGACAAUGCGGCAGCCUCCGCAGCUGCGACGCAGCAACAGGACGAGAGCAGCUUGGAGCCUCCCACGCCUGAGCGUCCGCGGCCGACAAGGACCCGACGCGGCCCUUCGAUGGUGGCUUUCGAGGUUUGCCAGGGUGGACGGCGAUGGGAGGACAAUGCGGCAGCCUCCGCAGCUGCGACGCAGCAACAGGACGAGAGCAGCUUGGAGCCUCCCACGCCUGAGCGUCCGCGGCCGACAAGGACCCGACGCGGCCCUUCGAUGGUGGCUUUCGAGGUUUGCCAGGGUGGACGGCGAUGGGAGGACAAUGCGGCAGCCUCCGCAGCUGCGACGCAGCAACAGGACGAGAGCAGCUUGGAGCCUCCCACGCCUGAGCGUCCGCGGCCGACAAGGACCCGACGCGGCCCUUCGAUGGUGGCUUUCGAGGUUUGCCAGGGUGGACGGCGAUCGGAGGACAAUGCGGCAGCCUCCGCAGCUGCGACGCAGCAACAGGACGAGAGCAGCUUGGAGCCUCCCACGCCUGAGCGUCCGCGGCCGACAAGGACCCGACGCGGCCCUUCGAUGGUGGCUUUCGAGGUUUGCCAGGGUGGACGGCGCUCCGAGCGAGCAGCAGCAGCCGCCGCAGCGGCUUCUAGCACACCGGGGCCAGAAGACGGCCGCUACGAGCCGCAGAAUCCCCUCCAUCAGCGCGGCCGCCGAACUACACCAGGCGCGUCCGGCGUCCUCUUGGAUGUUCCUCAAGCUGGCCGGUAUUCGUCAAGCCUCGUCAAGGAGCACAUGGAGACUUUGAAGAGGCUGCGCUCGCUGUUUAUGCUUCUCCACCUACCUUUGGAGGACCUCUCGGCAGUCGAGCCCGACGUUAGUAUCAUGGCGUAUCACGUGAGGGAGCUCGAAGACUUCCUUUCGACGCACGAGGAAGUGAUCAAGCUUGUCGAGGAGCACGACGAGCUGGUCACUACGCUGGAACAACGCUUGUCUGAUUCAACGAGGCUAAGCAACCGAGGCGGAAACCUGCUUGCGGAGGAGAGAGAGAGAAACCAGGUGGCGUGGAUCAGGAAGCAGGUUGCAGAUUAUAUCAGCGGAUACGAAGGCCCGCGGUCAAGGCUGUUCAUGCGGUGGGAAGCUGGUGUGACCAGUCAUCUCGCCACAAGCGCGAUGAAAACGGACCCGCCAAGGAGGCGAGAGCGCUCGGAGCGCCAAGCGGCGGGCGGCAGCGCUGCGGUCCAGCUGCCGGGGCCGGCAGAGGGAGCCCAUGACCGGGAGUCCCCGAUGCGGCAGAGGCGACGCCGCGGAACACGCGGGGCUUCCGGCGUCUCAUCGAAUGGGCCCAACGCUGGCCGGCGCUCGGAGCGCUCAGCGGCAGGCGGAAGCGCUGCAGCCCAGCUGCCGGGGCCGGCAGAGGGAGCCCAUGACCGGGAGUCCCCAAUGCGGCAAACAAGACGCCGUGGAGCGCGCGGGACUUCCGGCGUCUCAUCGAAUGGGCCCAACGCUGGCCGGCGCUCGGAGCGCUCAGCGGCAGGCGGAAGCGCUGCAGCCCAGCUGCCGGGGCCGGCAGAGGGGGCCCAUGACCGGGAGACCCCGAUGCGGCAAACGCGACGCCGCGGGACUUCCGGCGUCUCAUCGAAUGGGCCCAACGCUGGCCGGCGCUCGAAGCGCUCAGUGGCAGGCAGAAGCGCUGCUGCCCAGCUGCCGGGGUCGGCGGAGGGCGCCGAUGACCGCGAGUCCCCGAUGCGGCAGACUGUACGCCGCGGAGCGCGCGGGACUUCCCGCGUCUCAUCAAAUGGGCCCAACGCUGGCCGGCGCUCGGAGCGCCAAGCGGCACGCGGCAGCGCUGCGGCCAAGCUGCCGGUGCCGGCAGAGGGCGCCCACGACCGGGAGUCCCCGAUGCGGCAGUCACGACGCCGCGGAGCGCGCGGGGCUUCCGGCGUCUUAUCAAAUGCGCCCAACGCUGGCCGGGAAUAA